AUGUUACGUUUGAUAUAUAAGGCCAAUGUUGGUGUAGGACAAAUGGAAGUUGAUAUAUCUACAGUGCCAAUGAAUACUAUAGCUAGUAGUGUAAAUAUGGAUGUACCACAAUCAAGUUCAGCAACAACAUCACCAUUUGUUCCGUUAGCAAGUACAUUAACUACUGAUACUCCAAUUUUAGCUAGCGGACAUUUUUUGCCAGCAACCACGAUAUCAGCAUCAGCCACAGGAAGUAACGAUCAAAUUGGUGGUAAGAAUCUUUUACGCUUUUCAUCAAUCCAUUGGUAUUCCAUGAUAACACUGUGA